AUGGCAUCUGAUUCGAUCAGCUUGGUGAAAAGAGAUCGUCUUGUCGAGAUUGAGAGAAAAGCAGCAAAACUGUGGGAGGAUGAGCAAGUGUUCAAGGCUGAAGCUGGUGAGGGUCCACCGAAACCAGGAGAAAAGUUCUUCUCGAGCUUCCCUAUGCCGUAUAUGAAUAGUUAUCUACACAUGGGGCAUGCGUUCUCACUUUCCAAGGCUGAUUUUGCUUGUGCCUAUCGUAGACUAAGAGGGGCUAAUGUGCUCCUUCCGUUUGCCUUCCACUGUUCUGGAAACUCGAUUAAGGAUUCUGUGGACAGGAUUGCUCUUGAGAGCAGGGAGUUUGGAGAGGGCGAGGAGUUUGGAGACGAAGAUGAAGAUGGGAUUCCUCCAGAAGGUUUGUCAAAGGAAUCUGAGUGGGAGAUUAUGCGCAGUCAUGGUUUUGACGAUUAUGACAUAAAGGAAUUCAAACGUCCAUAUCGAUGGUUUUUGUACUUUCCCCCCGCGGCUGUUGAAGAUCUCAGGGCUUAUGGACUGGGAUGUGACUGGAGACGGUCCUUCCUGACCACUUAUAUUAAUCCGUUUUUCGAUGCCUUCGUGAAGUGGCAGAUGAGGAAGCUUAAAUCCAUGGGAAAGAUUGUCAAAGGCUGUGGGGAGUACAUGAUAUUCUCACCUCGACUUGGCCAGCCUUGUCCUGACCACGACCGUGUUCCUGGUGGUGAAGGUGUUGAGCCUCUAGAGUACACUCUUAUUAAGAUGCAAGUUGUGGAGCCGUUUCCACUGAAGCUGGCUCCUUUGCAAGGAAAGAGAGUGUUUUUGGCUGCAGCUACUCUCAGGCCUGAGAUCAUGUACGGACAAACAGACGUAUGGGUAUUGCCUGAUGGGAAAUAUGGAGCUUAUGAAAUCAAUGAAACUGAUUUCUUCAUCCUUACUGAGAGAGCUGCAUUCAACCUUGCCUACCAGGACUUGUCAAAGAUCCAUCGGCAGCCUUCCUGCUUACUUGAAUUGACCGGGAAUGAUCUGAUUGGACUCCCUUUGAGGUCUCCUCUGGCAGUGCACACGAUCAUCUACGCUCUCCCCAGGUCAAAUAUUCUGAUCAACAAGGGUACUGGCAUUGUCACCAGCUUGCCUAGUGAUGCCCCUGAUGAAGAAGUUAUUGCCAUUAUUAUCAAGAAAACAGCUCAUAGAGUCUGGCGAGGCAAUUAUAUACAGUGGAACCCGAGAAGCCGGUGA